CCCCUCAAUACCCAUUCAUAUCACCUCCAAAUCUCCAAACCUUCCAAAGCUUACCUAGAAAACUAAUACAAACAAUGGCUCCCACCGAAAUAGCCCUCAAAAAGCGCCGCAAGCGCAACGACUACAUCUUCCACCAAGUCCACCGAACAAGAUGGUUCGACAACGACAUGUACGCCCACCUUAACAACACCGUCUACGCCAUGCUCUUCGACAGCAUCAUAAACACCUACCUAAUCACCCACUGCGGAAUGGACCCCUUCAGCAUCAACAACAAAGAACCCACACCCACCUCCACCACCUCCCCAUCCCCAUCCCCAACGCAACCCAAACCCUCCCAAGUCGGAAUAAUGGUCUCCUCAUACUGCGACUACUUCGCCUCCGUCUCCUUCCCAGACGUACUAGAUCUCGGCCUCCGCGUCACCAAACUGGGCUCGUCGAGCGUGACCUACGAAGUGGGGGUGUUUAAGCAAGGGGAGGAAGAUGUGAAGGUGGUGGGUGGAUACACGCAUGUGUUUGUGGCACGGGAGACCAUGAGACCGACCAAGGAGGGGAUGGAGGAUGGGUUGAGGAGGAGUUUGGAGAAGUUGGUGGUGGGUGGUGAUAAGGGUGGGGAGAGUGCGAAGUUGUAGGUGGUUGUCGCUAACAGCUACUGAUCUACAAUUGGCUCUUGGUGUGAUUGAUGAUGAUGAUGGUGUUGAUUAGUGAUGCCUGUUCCUGGUGAAUGGGCUAUAGAUAUGUAGACAUUUUUCUCUCUAAAUUUUCUAAACAU